GGGUCAUGACAGGGGAUGAGGAGCUCGGGGAAGGUAACAGCGUACGGAGUACUGGGUAGUCAGAGCUUGCCGCAAGGGUGCUGUCCAGGAUAUCUAAGCCUGUACAUGUAUGUACUGUACAUCGCCCGAGGUACCUUAGUGACAUGGGGCCCGUCUCUCUCCGUAUCCCCGUUCCAGUCUCUUGGUCUAGCGUACUGGCUCAUGCAUGCAGUGUAUGCAGCGAGGCAUCUGCAGCGUGGCUCGACAGACGGUAGAAAACAAGUACGGAGGUACUCAACGUCCUGUGCUCUUGUCGUCGUCGCAAUUCUCUUCACCUCCCCAGUCUGCCUUAUACUCCACGUAGUAAGGGGCCAGGUAGCAUUUACGACCUCUCGCUGGAGCGGAUGUGGCAGGCUCGCCAGUCUCACCUUGUCUCCUCGAGGCUGGGGUCUGGAGGCGAGCUGCCGGGGCUAGCAGCCAACGGUAAGCAACCCCUGGAAGCAAGCCGGGAAGCUCCGCGAAUCUGCCGCUCAGGGCAGCCGCUGGGGAUCGAUCUGCAACGUCGCAUUGGGCCGCGAAAGCAGCCGCAUAAACGCCCGGUCUGUUCACCGUGAUUUAGCGAUGCUGAAGACGUUUGUAAGCUCCGAGACGUGGGAUUAUUUGCAGCUUCCUCGCCCCUAGACACGAUGCACUUGGUGUAGGGUACCACCGUAGGCCCCGGCGCAGGUCAACCCGGGACCGAAGCUCUGGGGCCCUCGAACGUCGAGGAACUCGAAACCUUACUCGUGAAACGGAAAGCGGUUUUUUUUUCAGUAUUUGUCUCUGCAAGGCUGCGCAGCUACCGCAUUGGCAGCCCCAACA